CUGCAAAUCACUUCCUGGAGAGAGAGAGAGAGAGAGAGAGAGAGAGAGAGAGAGAGAGAAGUUAAAGUGAAGGGAAAACUUUAAAGCAGGGGUUGUGACGCACUAGUGCAAAUAAAGCUUUCAGGAAUUGAAUUGAAUUGAAGUGUGUGAGUGUGUGUGUGUGUGUGUGUGUGUGUGAGUGAGUGUGUGAGAGAGAGAGUGAGUGAGAGAUGGGGAGAGCGCGAGCGUGCGGGACAGCGCGCGUGCACACCGAGUGAAGCGAAGUGACCCGAAGUGAAUCGCGCGUGCUGCCGCACUUCUUCCCUUUCAUUUUUUUUCUUUUCUUUUUUCCUUUUUUUUUUUUUUCCCCCUUUUUGCGCAAAGUUCGGUCUCGCGGAUCGAGCCGCAGUGACGCAAUCAGCAUUUCAGCGCGCGCCGUUUCUGGCUUCUCCUGCGUGACGCAUGAUGGGUGCCAUGUUUAAUUUCCUACUUCACUGAUUUAUGGACACAUCAAGGGCUGCCGUCCGAUCAAAUUCGACCAAAAGAAGGAAUCAGGGCCGCGCCGAUUCGUUCCUAAACAUCAAGCGAUGAAAUAAAUAAAUAAAGAAAGAAUGGAAUAUUUUAUGUUUUCACGUCACGUCGAAGCGUAUCCGUUGUUCUGUGGACUCGGACGGAAAGACCCAGAACGCCUCAGGGGGCUGGAGCUGAACUGGAACGAACCCUGAAGGAUCUCCGAUAACGGUAUCGCGUGUGCGGAGAAUCGGAAUAAACCGCGGCGCUGAUUAUGAGCAGAACCCUGCAGCGCGAUGAGCCGCUGUGUGUUUGCGUGAACGCGGGCCGCCAUGUCGCAGCUGCUGCACGUGGAGAUCCCGAACUUCGGCAGCGCCGUGCUGGUGUCGCUGAACGAGCAGCGCCUGCAGGGCCUGUACUGCGACGUGUCCAUCGUGGUGAAGGGGCAGGCGUUUCGGGCGCACCGCGCCGUCCUCGCCGCCAGCAGCCUCUACUUCCGCGAUCUGUUCAGCGGCAGCGCCAAGUCAGAAUUCGAGCUGCCUUCCUCGGUCACUCCGGCCUGCUUCCAGCAAAUCCUGUCCUUCUGCUACACGGGGAAGCUGACGAUGGCGGCCAGCGAGCAGCUCGUGGUCAUGUACACGGCCGGGUACCUGCAGAUCCAGCACAUCGUCGAGAGAGGCAUGGAGCUCAUGUUCAAGGCUAACUCGCCUCACUGCGACUCGGCCACCGCUGCCACAGACGAGCCCGGCUCGGAGCCUCAGAGCCCCAACAACAACAACGCAAACAACACCGUAGCGGCGACGGCGGCAGCGACGACGGCGGCAGCGGCGGUUAUGUUGGCUCCUCCCAGCUGGUCACCUUCACUCCGCAGGGUGAAGACUGAGGGCAGCGAGACACCGCUCAGCCUCCUGGGAGGAGCUAAGAGGGGUUCUGGAGGGCGAGGAACCUCAUUCUUCUACCCCGGGGUGCCGGGAACGUAUCCCGUCGUACCCGGUGAGCGGUCCAGCCCAGGAGCGUCCAGUCUGCCCACCACAGACAGCCCUACGUCUUAUCAGAACGAGGACGAGGAGUUUGACGAGGAGAACUACGACGGCAUCGGCGACGACACGUUCGCACAGCUGUACAGCCGCGCGGCGAAUCCUUACGCAAUGACGGAUAAACCCGAGAUGGUUCCUGUGCCUCUGGAAAGUCGUCCUUGUGUUCUUCUACGUCGUGAUUUGGUGGCUCUGCCCGCUAGCCUUAUUAGCCAAAUCGGCUACCGCUGCCACCCCAAACUCUACACAGAGGGCGACCCGGGGGAAAAACUCGAACUAGUCGGAGGUACGGGAGUGUUCAUGACCAGAGGACAGCUGAUGAACUGCCACUUGUGUGCCGGCAUUAAACACAAGGUCUUGUUGAGGCGACUGCUCGCUACGUUCUUCGACAGAAACACUCUGGCGAACAGCUGUGGGACUGGAAUCCGUUCCUCGACCAGCGACCCGAGCAGAAAGCCUCUGGAUAGCAGAGUUCUAAACGCCGUGAAACUCUACUGUCAAAAUUUCGCACCCAACUUCAAAGAGAGUGAGAUGAACGUGAUCGCCGCCGACAUGUGCACCAACGCGCGCCGCGUCCGCAAACGAUGGCUGCCCAAGAUCAAGUCCAUGCUGCCCGAAGGCAUCGACAUGUACCGUGGCUCUGGGGCGGGGCUUAAUCUGGGCGUUCCGUUGACCUUUGACCCAGACUUCAAGCAGCUGCCGCUGUUCGGGGAGCGUAAGGAUGCUGUAAGAACUCAGCAGCCGCUGGAUAACGAGAGUGCGGAGCUCAUCGAGGGCCAGGCGGAGGAGGAAGAGGAGGAGGAGGAGGAAGGAGCCUUGGCUGAGGGAGUGGAGGAGACUUUAGGGGCCAGUCCUCUUCUUCUAGGGGUCGAGGGCGGAGUUCAGGGUCGUCCGGCGCAUGACGGACAGCAGGAGGAGGAGUUUGGGCAAGGUCUGAGGAUAAACGGGCAGUGAAAAGCGGCUGGUGUUUUGGCAGAAGCCGGGCUGUGUUUCAGUACUGUUUUUAAUGCGCCUUUAUCAACAAGACUGAAUGUACAGGUACAGGACAGGUGUUCCGAUACUUCAUCAGCUUAAGUCAAGUAUGUUAGAUGACCUUGUGAAUGUUGAUCUGAUUUUUAUAAACGGCAAAUAAGAGCAGAAGGAAAAAGGUGCAAGAUUGACACGCCUCCUUAACUUGGCCCGUCACCGGGCACGCCUCUUUUAUUGAGACUGAUAGACAAAGAGGCCACGCCUCCAUCACUGGGACUUAGAAGCAAAGACACCAAGCCUGCUUUACUGAGACUGAUAUAUAUAUAUAUAUACGAAGGCCACGCCUCCUUUACUGAGACUGGUAUACAUAUAUCCAGGCCACACCUCCUUUAUUGAGACUGAUAUAUACGAAGGCCACGCCUCCUUCACUGAGACUGAUAUACGAAGGCCACGCCUCCUUUACUGAGAUUGACAAUCACGAUAAAAGAGGCGUGGCCUCAGACUUUUCUUUUUAUACAGUACCAAGGUUUCACCCGUUUUUAAAAAAUGCUCUCCUCAGUACACACUCCAGGUGUGGAUUUUUAUCCGAGUCAGUAAAGACGAAUUAAAAACGGUAUCGGAAACACGUGCAGCGGUGCAUGCUGGGUAGAGUGGGUUUAAAGGACAAACACAGGCAUUGCUUAUGUACGUAGAAAAGAAAGAUUUGCGCUCGUGCUGAGAUGAAGCACUUCUUUAUACACCGAUCUUUUAGCCAAAAAAGUGCAGUGGAAGUCGUUUGUAAACCUCUCACGAGACGCGAAAGUACCUCAGUGACCUUCCUCUGGAGAGAUUUUUUCUUUUUGCGAUCCGCCGAAUGUCCCGUACUUUCCAGGAAAACGAAAGCGAUCCAGCGUCCGUCGGGAAAACGGCGCGCCCGCGAACGGCCGGGGCUGACGAAAGCGCCGACUCUUUCGGGAUCUCGGUCCAAGAUACCAAAAUAACAUUUUAAAUGGAUUCUCUGGCAUCCCUUCAGUCUGAUCUCUGUCCGCCGCAUCUGUAGUUUAUUCUCUGCUCAAGAAUUCAUACGCGUCCCCUCGCACAUUUAUUUAAAACUUACUCCGAAUAGAAGUCUCAAAGGCAGUUGGUAAAUUAUGUGGGGGA